UUUUUAUUUUCACUUGUACAUAUUGGAAAAAUCGACCGAUUGGCAAAUAGUGUCAAUAUGAAAAUUAGUGCAAAAAUCGUGUAAAGUUAUUCUGCAUAUUAUUAAUAAAAAUAGCACUUCAAAAUGUCUGGUUCGCAGCGCUCAUUUGCGCAGAAAUUGACGAAACAUAAUUCAACCGAAGUGCGAAAAAAUGUUGGAAUUUGUCAUUUGCAAACAAAGGCGGUGGACUCCGGCUCGAUGUGUUCAUCAACGCUAUCGCUUACCGAACCGGUGGAGCCAUUGGAUUAUGAAGAAUUUCUCACUCAACACAUGAACAUACUGAAUCGGGAUCCCUUGAAACAUAUUCUUGAUUUUCCACCCACUGAUGUGGCUGUCAAGAUCAUUCCGCGCAAAAUACGUACGAUUGAGCAUAUUGUACCAAAAGAAAGCAUCUCCGAGCUGCCGCUGUAUGUGCAAGAAUGUGUCAACUGUUACACAAGGCCUUGGAAAGUAGUCGAAUAUGCACAGCGUCAUUACUCUAGCUCUUGUUGUUCACGUGAGCGUAUCGAUCGUGGCACCAUCAGUCCCUCCGCUUAUCAGCAGGAGUUCGAAAUCGACAAGGAAUUCGCCUCGUUUGAUGAAAAUCUGACAGACAAAAGCGACAGUUGCACACCCAGCUCACGACAAUCUAUCGCCAGUCUGUCCUCAGUCAGCUCGUGCACUGAUACCCUCACACCACGUGGCUCUUGGGCCAGCUUUGACUUGCGGCGCUCUGUGAAUGAUCCACUAAUACCUAAUUUGUUAGAUGAUGUACCGCCCGAACAAAUUGAUCAGACGAAUGAGUCACGACGGCAAGAAGAUCGGCAGGAAGCGCUAUUCUCACUCUAUCCAGAAGCUGAUCCAGAGGAUGUUAUCGAGCGCCGUUUACCCGCUGAAAUACCCAUGGAACACUUGGGUCAUCGUAUACUCGUAAAAUGUUUACAAUUGCGCCUUGAGCUCGAGGUGGAGCCAAUUUUCGCCACGAUGGCGAUCUAUGAUGCCAAAGAGCGCAAAAAAAUAUCGGAGAAUUUCUACUUUGACAUGAAUUCGGAUAAUUUGAGGCGCAUGCUGAGUACACAUGUGCGUUGCGCAGACGCAAGCACACAGAGUCGUGCCGGCAUUUUCGAGAUCACAUAUCCGAGCAGUGACAUUUUUCUAGUCAUACGCUUAGAGAAAGUUUUACAGGGCGAUAUUAAAGAUUCGGUAGAACCAUAUUUGAAAGAUGAUAAGGACAAGUAUCGCGAGAAAGCCAAAUCCAAUGCCGCAGAUUAUUGCGAACGUUUGGGCAAAUAUCGUAUGCCAUUCGCUUGGACUGGUAUUUAUUUGAAUAGCAUAUUUAAUGGCGAGAAUGUUGAAAAUAAAGAUGGUGCUGGUGUUAAUGCGGAAAAAGACACCGGAACUGGUGGUAAUUUAACGUCAGCGGUGAGCUCAAAUAGUUUGGAUCGCAAAGCAUCUACAAGCAGUUUUGACCAGCUUCGCCGCAAAGCUAAUGAUAUGAGUGGCACUCUUACACGUCGUGGCUCGCUGGAGCGGAAGGAAAAACGUAGGUCUUGGUCACUAGAUGAUUUCGCCAAUGUUAUUGAAACUUUCCGACCGAUAACAAUAACAGUAUCGAGCUUCUUUAAACAAGAAUCCGAUAAAAUGAAGGAUGAAGAUCUGUACAAGUUUCUAGCCGAGCUUAAACGUCCCAGCAAUGCUAUGAAAAAAUACAAAUGCAUACCUGGGUCCAUAAAACUUGAAAUUUUGCCCUGUCCAGAGGAGGUAAAAAACGCAUUAACACCCGAGCUAGCGAAAGUGGAUCCGUAUCCAGAAGACAAAACUCGACCGAUUAAAGAAAUACUCGAGUUUCCCUCCGCCGCCAUCUAUAAUCCACACUACACAUACCGCAACUUGCUCUUCGUCUCACCGAAAGAGUUGAACUUCUCCUCACGCGCCGGUUCAGCACGCAACAUAGCCGUGCGCAUACAACUAAUGGCCGGCGAGACACAAAUGGAUGCAGUGAAUGCGAUUUUUGGCAAAUCUUCUUGCCCGGAGUAUGCAAGCGAAGCAUUCACAGCAGUCAAUUACCAUAAUAAAUGUCCAACCUUCUACGACGAAAUCAAAAUUGCCUUACCGGCGAAUAUUAAACAAAACCAUCAUCUCUUCUUUACACUCUAUCAUGUUUCGUGUCAGAAAAAGCCACAAGAGAUGCAACCAUCUGUAGAAACGCCAGUGGGCUAUACAUGGCUGCCGCUACUUCAAGAUGGCAAAUUGAAGGUGGGCGAAUUUCAGUUGCCGGUUAUGGUGGAAACACCGCCUGAGAAUUAUUCAUUUAUACCGCCAAAUGUACAUUUGCCCGGCACGAAAUGGUUGGAUAAUCAUCGGUCAGUUUUCACAAUCACAGUAGAUGCGGUAACGGCAGUGCAUACGUUGGAUCCACACUUGGAUGGUUUCUUCCUCACUUGCGAUUACUUGGAUUCACGUAAAAUACCGCCACGCAUCGGUGAAGGUAACAUGGAGAAUGAAAUGAAAAAAUCCUUAUUGGAUAUAGCAAGCGCUGAACGUGAACCAUUGGUGAAGAAUCUGCAUUUAGUAUUGGAUAAAUUAAUAGAACUUUUAGUAACUACACACAAAAUAGGUGGUCAACCGCUUUCAUUGGGUUCGACCGUCUUCGAAAUGCUUUGUAUGGUGUCGGCGAAUCUCUCGAUACUGAACGAUGACUUGGUAGUGGAUCAGUACGGCCGCCAGGCUCUGCUUUCCACAUACGUGCAGUUCCAAUGUCGUAUACCACAUCCGUUUGGCGGGAAAAAACGUAUCACCUACAGUCGCAGCAAUGCCGAAGAAAUGACAGCCAAUUCUGCUGACACUUACAGCCUGUAUGAAAAUGUCGCCAUUGGAAGAAGCCUGGAUCGCAAAGAGCAUACCUUCGAUUUGUCACCCACAUUCGGUAGUCGCGACGGUCAAAUACGUUUACUUCACGAAGAAUUGGCGCUACACUGGGUUGUGGCCAGCGGCAAAGCAACUGAACUCGCCAUGUCCAAUUCAUGGUUUCUCUUCGAGCUGAUUGUCAAAUCAAUGAUUGAACAUUUGGAUUACAGCUGUGCAUUGGCCGCACCGCGCAAGCAACGCUUCCCGCAUCAAUUCACCGACGAUAUUUCUACGCUGGUGCAUUUGGUAACCACCAAAGUGGUGGGUUAUCACAGCGAAGAACCAAAAUUGGCACAGUCGCUGAACGCUAGCUUGGGCUUUUUCAUAUUCGAUCUCUUCAGCAUUAUGGAUCGUGGUUUUGUAUUCGGUCUGAUCAAAACCUAUUAUAAAGUAUUAAUUUCGAAGAAUGCCUCCAUACCGGAUUUGAUGAAUUAUAAAAUCGACUUUUUACGUAUCGUAUGCAGUCAUGAGCAUUUCGUGGCUAUGAAUUUGCCUUUUGGCACGCCUUACACGACUAUUUCCGCGCCGUGUAGUCCAACACCCAGUACUACGUCCAGCAAUAGUCAAACUUCUUAUAGCUCCAUGGAGCGCGCUUUGCAUGCAGAUUUGAGUGCUGACUUCCGUCAGCAACAUUUCCUUGUUGGUUUGGUAUUAAGCGACUUGGCGACAGUGCUGGAAGUGCCCAAUCCCCAAUUGCACGGCAAGGCCAUUCGUUGUAUACGUAAUCUAAUGACCUCGCACGAUUUGGAUCCACGCUAUAGCGAAGUAGAGGCACGCGCUCGUGUUGCUUCACUCUACCUCCCUUUGUUGGGUGUGGUUAUGGACGUUAUACCGCAACUGCAUCAAUAUCUCACUGACACACACGAUCGGCUGCAAAGCAUUGGUUUCCUCGAAGAUUACCAAGGCCCACACCAGAGUAUUUCCACUUCAACGAUGAACCCAGAUUUUGCCUAUGCUAACUCUGGCAAUCGCACCUACAAUUAUCUCAACGACCAGAUAAAGAAUAAGUCGCAAUUGAGCAGCGAGAACACGCGCCAUUUGCUAGCCUGCUGCAUUUGGGUUUUGAAAAAUCUUGAACGCAGCGUCUUAUAUCGUUGGUUGCUCGGCCUGAGUCCACAUCGCGUGCAUCAAAUGUUGCAGCUCCUGAACACUUGCAUACCUUGUUUCGAAUACAAGGGCCAAAAGCGUUUGCCAUCGCUCAAGCGCAAUACACAAAGUUUCCGCAAGCCAACAGAUCUGAAGGAAAAACUCGAAGAAUGUAUACGUGGCACAAAUUCAGCGCGUUAUGAUUUAAUCAAUAGACGUAAAGAUCGCAAUUCGACAGAAAAGUUUCGUUGGCGCAAAGAUCAAAUGCCCUAUCGUUCGCAACUCUACGAUAAUGCCACCAAAGCGGAUCCCGAGCUAGAGCUAAACCACUUUAUUGAGGGCUCACUGGCUACAGAAAUUUCGUUAGUUAUUUUAGAUGCUUUGGAAAUCGUAGUGCAAGUUGCCACUAACUCGGAAAUGCAUCACAAUCUGUUGGGCACUGUUUUGAAAGUGCUGCUCCAUGCGUUGUCACGCAAUCAAAGCACCUUAUCGCUGCAAAAUCAAUUCGCCUCACAACGUUCGCUGAUUUUUAAAUUCCCCAAUUUGCUAUUCGACGAAGAAACGGACAUCUGUGCUGAUCUGUGCCUGUUGCUGUUAAAGCAUUGUGGCUCUUUGCUACCGGCCAUACGUUCGCAGGCAUCGGCAUCGCUGUAUCUGCUCAUGCGACAAAAUUUUGAGAUCGGAAAUAAUUUUGCGCGCGUUAAAAUGCAAGUGACCAUGUCACUCAGCUCCCUAGUAGGCACCAGCUCUGCGUUCAGCGAGCAGUCUUUGCGACGCGCUCUCAAAACGGUGCUGGUUUACGCCGAGUCGGAUCAGGACCUGCAAGAAACUUCAUUCCCUGAGCAAGUGCAAGAUUUGCUCUUCAAUUUGCAUAUGAUACUCUCCGAUACUGUUAAAAUGAAGGAAUACCAAGAAGAUCCGGAAAUGUUACUCGAUCUCAUGCAUCGCAUAGCCAAAGGCUAUCAAAAUAAUCCCGAUUUACGUCUUACCUGGUUGGAAAAUAUGGCUAAAAAGCAUCGUGAACGCGCCAAUCACACCGAAGCGGCUAUGUGUUAUGUGCAUUCAGCCGCUCUGGUUGCCGAAUAUCUGAGCAUGUUAGAGUCGCAACAACAUUUACCAGUAGGCGCUGUUAGCUUUCAACGCGUCACACCCAAUGCGCUGAUGGAAUCAGCCGUAUCGGAUGAUGUGCUAAGUCCCGGCGAAGAUGGUAUUUGCUUGGGUAAUCAUUUUACUGAAAGUGGUUUGAAAGUGUUGUUGGAAGAGGCAUCCAAUUCAUUUCAAAUUGCUGGAAUGUACGAAGCUAUGAAUGAGGUUUACAAAAUACUUACGCCGAUUUGUGAAGCGAAUCGUGACUUUCAGAAGCUGGGCAAAAUACAUGGCAAGCUGCAAGAAGCCUUCAAUCGCAUUGCACAGCUGCAGGGUAAGCGGGUGUUUGGUACAUAUUUCCGCGUAGGGUUCUAUGGCACAAAGUUCGGUGAUUUGGAUCAGCAGGAAUUCAUCUACAAGGAGCCAACACUAACUAAGUUGCCGGAGAUUUUUAGUCGUCUGCAGAACUUCUAUGCCGAUCGAUUUGGACCCGACUCGGUGCACAUUAUUAAAGACUCGAACUCGGUGGAUGUGAACUCAUUAGAUCCCGAAAAGGCCUACAUACAGAUAACCUACGUCGAGCCCUACUUCGAAACCUAUGAGCUGAGGCAUCGGGAAACCUAUUUCGAGCGCAAUUUCAAUAUAAAACGCUUCAUAUUCGCCACACCAUUUACCAAAUCCGGCAAAGCGCACGGUGAUCUACAUGAGCAAUGCAAACGCAAAACCAUACUCACCACAGCCAAUCAUUUUCCGUAUGUGAAGACACGCAUACAAGUGAUCGCACGUCAGCAAAUCAUACUGGAACCCAUCGAAGUGGCUAUCGAGGAUAUACAAAAGAAAACGGCUGAACUGGCAGCAGCUACCAAUCAAGAGCCCGCUGAUCCGAAAAUACUGCAAAUGGUUUUGCAGGGUUGUAUUGGCACCACAGUGAAUCAGGGCCCGAUGGAAAUGGCCACCGUUUUUCUAGCCAAUCUCUCCGAUGGCGUAACGGUGCCAACGAAACAUCAAAAUAAAUUGCGACUCUGUUUCCGUGAAUUCUCCAAACGUUGUGCUGAUGCAUUGAAGAAAAAUCGUAAUUUGAUAUCGAGUGAUCAAAAGGAUUAUCAGCGUGAAUUGGAGCGGAAUCAUGAGCGUUUCGUGGAGCGUUUAACGCCGUUCAUUACCUUGACGGCGGCACAAGCGCAAGGUGUUGUAAAAGCAAAUGCUUACCACAACAAAAGCACACCUUUAAAAUGCGUUUCGGACUAUUUUAAAUAAAUAAUAUUUUGCUAUGUGGAUGCACACUUAGAUCGAAUUAAGUAUUAGUAUGUGUUAAUAUCAAGUUUUACUUUUGAAUACGUUUUUUUUUUUUUUUUUUAAUCAAUCACAAAGGUGAAGUUUAUAAAUAAUUACUUAUGCUGGUGUGAAAGACGGUCACCCUGUCACUGGAAAAUUGGUUUGAGUGGCGCUCAUUUUGUUUAUUCAUUAUUUCUUUAGUUUUUCCGUUAAAGGCACUUUUUUUAUUAUUUGUUUGACUUUCGAUACCAAAAACCUUUAAUUUAGACUUUUUUUACCUUAUAACUUUUUUCAUCAUUUCUGCAUUGUGUAUUAGUUUGUAGGUGUAUUUGUAGUAAUUAAACGCAAUUUAUACACAUCAAUGAAAGUAUAAAAAUCGUAAUAAAAUCAUACAUAAUUACAUUUCAUGUAGUAAUAUUUAUUGAUAGGUUUAUACUUUUAUACGAAAGUUCAAGAAAGUGAGAAUAAACCACAUAAAUACACAAUAGUCAUAAAUA